AUGGCAUCUCCAACUAGCCCAAAGCCGGACACAGUGCCCAAGUCGCCCGCCUCGCCCUCCCCUGUUGACAAGACAGCGUCCCCACGCGCCACGUCGCCCGCCUCGCCGUCAGUCAACAGGCCUGGGUCCAAGCCGGCAUCUCCGGCGCCAGGGGACAGCGGCCGCGCCUCGCCGGCCGUGACCCAGCCCGUUCCCGCCGCACCUGUUGCGCUCCACGCCAACCCGAAGAUCGCCGAGCUGCAGACCAUGUUCCCGUCUGUCGACGUUGGCGUGAUCGAGAUGGUGCUCGAGAGCGUGGGCGGAUCGCAGGACCGCGCGAUCGAGUCGCUCCUCCAGAUGACCGACCCGAACUUCAAACCUGACGAGCUGGCCUCGGUGCGACACGAAGAGUCUAACCAGGUCGACCUGGACGCCGAGUUCGCGCGCGCCAUCGCCCUUCAGGACGAGGAAGAGGUGCGGCAGCAGCGUCGUGGUUCGCGCUCCAACGCUUCGCGCCUUCCGGACGUGCUCCCCUACCAGCCGCGAGUGCGUAAGGCGCGCAGACCAGCCCAGGACCCUUACGGGGGCGAGAGCGCGACGGCGCACGACCUGCAGGACCGCUACGACCCGCCGCCGAUCGGCCAGAACCAGCAGGGCGACCUCCCGCCGGGUCUCAUGGCGUUCGAAGAGAAGGUCACGGCCAUUGCUGAGACUGGACGCCAGACGUUCAACCGGUUCUUCAACACUGCCAAGGCCAAGUACGCAGAUUAUCAGGCGCAGCAGGCGCAGACGUCCGAGCAGCGCGCUGCCCAGCAGGCACUGCGUGAGGCCGAGACCCCGCGACACGGCGGGCUGUGGGCCGAGACCUCUGGGCGCACCUCACUCGGCUCGCGCUCGGCCUCGCAGAGCAGUCAAGGCGAGGCACCUGUGCUCGCUCCUACGCGCCGCUGGCACCCGUCCGACUCGUUCGAGGAAGCCCCCAAACCGGUCGCCGUAAGUGUCAACACCGGCCGCCGCUCGCCCGGUCCGGCGGCUGGCACUGCCAGCCCCGAGAAGGCUGCCGCUGGUAAGAUCGACCUUGCCAAGCUGGGUUUCCUGCCGAAGAAGCGCGUCGACCUCAUGUCGACCUCACCGCAGCCCACGGAGGACAGGGACCCCAACCCGCACCUUCCCACGUCGGGACCUACGACGCCCACGACUGGCAAGUCGCUCGUUGAUAAGAUCCCCAAGACACCUCCCGCUGAGACGAGCCCGCACACCUUAGGCGACAGCGACGACGACGACGACCUCGAUUACACCGAGAACCCCUUUGAUCGCCGUUAA